UCUAAUGUCUUUCUCCCGACACAAGACAAAGAGAAACACAGAGAGCCGAGAGGAGAGUGAGUGAUGGGUUGUGCUCGCUGCAAAUCAUCAGAUCCAUGGCAAACAUCUGCCAGUGCCUUGGAAGAAUACGUCGAUGAAUCUGGAAUCAACGAAGCCUGGGUUGAGAUCUCUCACCGCGGAUCAUUUGUCUCCGGCGAAGGUAGUAGUCGGAAGAAGCUGGAGAGGAAGAAGAGCCAAGUGUUACUGGAAGGUUACGUCGAGACUGCUGCUGUGGAUGAUCAAAAAGACGAUCUGACGAGAUCCAAGAGUUUGACGGAUGACGAUCUCGAAGAUCUCAAAGGUUGUUUAGAUCUAGGGUUUGGUUUCAGCUACGACGAGAUCCCUGAGCUCUGCAACACUCUACCUGCUUUGGAGCUUUGCUAUUCAAUGAGCCAGAAGUUCUUAGACGAUAAGCAUAAAUCACCGGAAAGUUCGUCGGUGGAAGAUUCUCCGUCGCCUUCACCGGUCACCUCCACUCCCAUUGCCAAUUGGAAGAUCUCUAGUCCCGGUGAUAAUCCGGAUGAUGUGAAAGCUAGGCUCAAAUACUGGGCACAAGCCGUUGCCUGUACUGUCCAAUUGUGCAGCUGAAUGAAUCAUUGUCACUUCUCAACACCAGCGAAUGAACAACAAUAACUCAAACAUUGUUAGCUAAGGAGGAGAUCUCAGAAAUGCAUUGGAAGGUCUGAAAUUUAACUGAAUAUCAACAAUGAUUCUCACUUUAUUCCAUGUAUGUCUAGUACUAGUAGUAUCUAGUCUAAUGAUUUUAUGAACGGAAAUAAAGGUAUCACUUGAAUAAAAAAAUAUCAAAUUCUUUCUCAUUUACAUGCUGGUCUCGGCAUCUACAGCUUAACAUCUGACAUCUUAAUAGCUGGAUUCUUCUCCUUAUGCAGUAGUAAGAGCAUUCACUCACUUAACUGGUCAUGGUUCCGCUGAGGUAACAAAUCUAACUGUGUCUAUUAAUGGUGAGAGGCUUUGUGUUUAUGAGGGCUACUACUAACUGGUUAUGGACCUCUACUUGCUGAGGUAACUAAUCUUAACUUGGUAACUGGAUCUAUAACAUAACCUUCUUUAUGAAGGUAAUGCCAUUACUACUGUCCUCUGACAGUCUUGACGCAUUCCUUUUAAUGUGUGUUGAAGCUUACAAUCUUGUGGCUAAAUUGCCUAAUUUGGUGAUGAUCAUUAAUUGUCUAUAAAGAAUCGAGUGAGAGGAAAAGAAACAAGAUAGACGCAGAUAUUGCGUGUUUCCAUCUUUUUCGUUCUUCAUCAACUAACCAUACUGGUGAAAACGUGGAUGGCUGAUUACAGUCCUAGAUGCUCAAUAUGGCGACUGAAGAUGAGUCAUUUUCUGGAUCUUGAGGGUGAGUGUAAAUAUAAGCUUAAAUAGCUUCUGAUGACUGUUCUGUAAUACAUGUUACCGACUCCACUCAACAAAGUCUUGAGAGGACUUAAUCAUCUCAAAUUACAUAGCCGCCUUAUCAAUGAAAUUCUGAAUACGUAUUGACUCGUGACAUUUAGGAAUUGUUGCUCUAAAAUGUAAUUAAUUUUUUUCUAUA